AUGUUUCCUUUCUACUCAAUGGCGAAUCAUGGCAGUAUUAGCAGCAGUAGCAACAGCACAAGCCUUGUUCAACAGAAUCACACGUAUCGGAGGCUGACACCCCUUUCUCAUCAGCAAUCAACUUUGAUAGAUUCUACUCCGAAUAUGAAUACUCAGAGUUAUAAUUUGAAUUUUGGAAAUACUAUUGGAGUACCGUCUUUGAGUUUUUCAUCAUCAUCUUACUCGCCGUUUCCUGUAAAUUAUCACGAAGAGCAAUCGGAGGAAAAGAAAAAAGAUGCAAAUUUUCUGUCUCUAUGGGAGCAAAGACAUCGAUGGAAAUUAUUUGCAAAUCAUUCGCCAUGGUUCUCCAUGUGUUUUAUUUGUUUGGUAUUAUUGAUGGUUUCUUUAGGAAUUUUGUUGAGCAUUGUGUUUUUUGUGUUGCAGGAAGAUGAGUUUGACCAAUUGAAAAUUGGAAUUUUGAUGAUGUUUAAUGAGAAUAAGAGAAAUGAUUGGCGUUUGAAAUAUUCGACAAAAAGCGAUGAAAAAUAUUUGAAAUUCGUUGUGAUUGGUGAUUGGGGAAGAAGGGGUUUAUUUAAUCAAUCUGAAGUGGCUGAGCAAAUGGAAUAUUAUUGUAAAAAUUAUGGAUGCAAUUUUGUGAUAAGUACUGGUGAUAAUUUUUAUCAAGAUGGAGUUAAAUCAGUGGACGACAUUUUGUUUAAAGAAAGCUUUGAAGAUGUUUACAAUCAAGAAACACUUUCAAAACUUCCCUUUCUGAGCGUACUGGGAAAUCAUUGUUAUAGAUCCAACCCGUAUGCUCAAGUAGAAUAUACUCAAUAUGAAAAAUCUACAAAGAGACUUUACAUUCCAUCUGAAUAUUUCACAGAGGUCAUGUAUUUUCCAGAACAUAGAAUACUCGCCUCGAAAAAUUCUGCCUCUAGUGACACAACAAAUUCUGACGAGAAGAAACAAUCUGUGAAUUCACACAUGUCUAACCUCUCUAAAAAGAUGACACAACACGACUUUCGAGUCCAAUUUCUAUUCCUUGACACCAAUCCAUUCAUUCAGAGGUAUUAUUCACAUCCCAAAAUGAAUCAACAUGCACUUCACAAGACCAGUAAUUUGAGAGCUCAAUUAGGAUUUAUGGAAAACAUAAUGAACGAGUUGGACGAAAAAAUUGAAAAUGGCAAAACGGAUCAAAUCCCUUAUUUUAUUAAUUCAGAAAGAAGGAAAACGACCACGAGUCAACAACAAAAUGGUCCUGACGCCAGUACCAAUGAUUCUCCUCCUUCUUCCUCAUCAACAAACGUUCCACUUUGGAGAAUUGCAAUUGGUCAUCAUCCUCUCUAUUCUGCAAGCAGUCACGGCGACAGAGCUGGAUCUGCUGUUCGAUUUGAUGUCGUGCCCCAUCAUCCCUAUCUUCAAUCUUAUCAACAAGAAUCAGGCUUCAUGUAUGUGAGACUCUCCAAGGAUUUAUUGGAUGUUUCAUUUGUUAGUUUGGAAGGUCAGGUGACUAAUCGUGUGAAAAUUCUAAAACAGCAUUCAUGA